AUGUCAAAAGUAUACAGAUCUCUGUUUUUGAUUGUUCUUGUUAAUAUGGGAAGUUAUACAUUUGGCAUCAUAAUGUUUAAAUUAUUUAAGAUACUAACUACUUUAAAUUUUAUUUCAUUCAAUUUAUUAAAUUUUACAAUUUUUGGCACUAUUGGUGGAACAUUCAUUAAUUUUGGCAGUACUUCAAAUGCACCAAUUCUUUACAUAAACAGGUUAAUUAUACACAGGAACAAAAACGAUUCAGGAUAUUUUUUAAUAUUAAAGGAUUUAACAUAUAAUACGGGCCCUUAUCAUUACUCUUUUGAUCUGAAAAUAUCUAGCAUUUUAUAA